AUGUCUUCCGGAGGAAAAGGAGGAAAGUCCGCCAGCGGAAAGCCCAGUCAGAGCCGUUCUUCCAAGGCCGGUCUCGCUUUCCCCGUCGGUCGUGUUCACCGUCUUUUGAGGAAGGGAAACUACGCUCAGCGUGUUGGUGCCGGUGCUCCCGUCUACCUCGCUGCCGUCCUCGAGUACCUCGCUGCUGAAAUCCUCGAGUUGGCCGGAAACGCCGCCCGUGACAACAAGAAGACCCGUAUCAUCCCCCGUCAUCUCCAGCUCGCUAUCCGUAACGAUGAGGAAUUGAACAAGCUUCUCGGACACGUCACCAUUGCCCAGGGUGGUGUCUUGCCCAACAUCCACCAGAACCUUCUCCCCAAGAAGUCUGGCAAGUCCGGAAAGGGUGCUUCCCAGGAGUUGUAA